GUGAAAUGUGUCACUGGCCCUUUAAACCGGUGCGGAAGUGCCUUGCUGUCAUUCUUCUGAACGUCAUGCACUGUCAUCAGCAAACGAACGAAUCGCUUGCAUAAGGUGCAGUCCGGUCAAAUUGCCGCAACUAGUGAUUUCCAGUUCUGUCAUUAUCCGUCUUCUGACCUAAGCUUAGCUGAUCUCCGUGAAGUCCGCAGGCCAAACGUCGAUAGGUGAAGAUCAAAUGUUAUUUUAGGACAGGCCAAGGACAAGAAGAGUGCUGUCAGGACGAGAAUAAUUUAAAUGGCUGCAUCUAAAUGUACACGACUCACCGGUGCCUUGACCGGACAGUUACUGGACUCCGUGGACAAUGUGUUGUUCGACUGUGACGGCGUGAUAUGGAGAGGGGAUCAGGCCAUUCCUAGAGCCCCGGAGGUCAUAAACUCAUUGAAGAAACAUGGUGGGAAGCGGGUGUUUUUCGUCACGAACAACAGCACUAAAACACGUCAAAUGUACGCCGAUAAGUUAGGCAAGCUCGGUUUCAACUCCACCAAGGACGAGGUGUUCGGUACGGCUUACUGCUCAGCAAUGUACCUCAAAAACGUAUGCAAAGUCGAAGGGAAAGUCUAUCUAAUUGGGAGCAAUGCAAUGAGGCAAGAACUUGAGACGGUGGGGAUCCGGUCAGUUGGUGUGGGCCCUGAUCCCGUCUCAGGGGUCCAGAUUGACUGGGCGAAUGUCCCUCUAGAUCAGGAGGUCCAAGCUGUGCUAGUUGGGUUUGACGAGCAUUUCAGUUACAUGAAGUUAAACAGGGCUCUGCAGUACCUGUGUGAUCCUCACUGUCAGUUCGUGGGGACCAACACAGACACGAGGCUGCCUCUGGAGGGUGGCAAAGCGGUCCCGGGAACAGGAUGCCUGCUAAAGGCGGUGGAGACGGCAGCACAGCGUCAAGCUCAAGUGGUGGGAAAGCCCAGCAACUUCAUGUUCGAGUGUGUGGCCAGUAAGUUUGGUCUAGACCCAGAGAGGUGUCUAAUGGUAGGCGAUAGGCUGGAUACUGACAUUAUGCUAGGCUCGAACUGUGGCCUGAAGACCCUGCUGACACUUACGGGAGUUUCAACUGUUGCGGAUGCAGAGGCAAACCAGAAGAGCGGAUGCCCACAUCGUCAGCGAAUGGUGCCUGACUAUUAUAUAGACAGCAUUGGUGAUAUUUUACCUGAACUACUGGCAUAGACGUCAUUGUUUACUCUAGCCACUUCAGAAGAGAAUAUUUAAGUAUCGUAUGGAACAAAAUAACCUAUUUUAAUAUUACAGUUGAGAAUUAUAUUUAACUAUUAGUUAUUUUUUUUUUACAAAUUGAUGCUAUUUACUCAUUCUAAUCUAUUUGCUUUCCGUAAUCAUCAUGACUCCAUACACUCAAUAAAUAAAUAAAUAUAUAUUAGCCUAUUUUUAAGAUUUACACAUUUCAAUUUCAUUACAAAAUUCCUUCAAAUUGAAUUGCGUAAUCUUUUAACAAAAUUAAUCGAAUAAUACUUACAUUGAUUGAAGUUUUUAAAUAGUUAAAGAUUAUGCAAUUACAUUUUAUGGGAUAUUGUUAUGAAAUUGAAACGGGAAAGUCUUAGGAUAAGCUAUUUUGUGUGUGUGUGUGUGUGUGUAUAUUAUCGUUACAAUGUUAUCAAGGCAUUAUUUCAAACAGGCCUACCUCUUUUUGAAUAUCCCACAGAAAUAGUUUUUUUUUUAUUAUUAUUUAAUUUAGUUAAAGGGCAAUAUAGAUAUAUAGACAUUUUAUUUUUCAGUGUUGUUUUUAAUUUGUCUAAAAAAACAACAAUUUGUGAACCUUGUUGUCAUGAGUACAAAGAUUAUAUGAGCAACAUUUGUGUGCAUUUCAAUUUUGGUCAUGCGUAGUAAUAUUAAUGUAUUCAAAUAUGUCUGAUCACUAACUCUCAGGUAUAGAACACAAUUGUGUCCAUGCAACUGCCCCUUAAAAGUGCACUGUUUGUUUAUCUGAAGAUAUUCUGUUCUGUUAAGUCACUGUGCUUGUAACAUGAUAAACGAGUGAACAUUUGCAAUUAUUAUAUUUUGCACUUUGCAACUUUGUUUUCACUGUCCUGCUCAUCAGUCUGUUAGGAUUUUAGUUCUAAUCAUGGUUUGAACAAAGGAUCUCAUACGUGACUGAUCAAAUA